GUACGCUUCUCCAGCGUGAUAUAACUUCUUUAACAAUACAAGUAUUAUUGAUUGGUAUGUUUCGCGUUGAAUGUACUACCUUAUAUUACUGAAAUAUGGAGUGAUAAAGCAUGUAUCUAUUUCAGUUGAUUUCAAUUACAUUCUUUUUGUGGACAUAUGGAAUUCAGCUCGGAAAACUCGGAACUUCAUAUAUUGAAAUGUGCUAGAUAGUUCACGAUGUUACACUAUUAAGGAAGUUAUAAUGCGAUUAACUAUAAAUACAAAUGAAGGACACAGUUAUAAACACAUGCAGUUGAUGGAUUGGACAUACAGAUACAGUCUUACGACGGCAGUGAGAUUUCAUGCAGACGAAACAACACAUGUAUAAUGAAAACACUUGUGAGACGGACACUCGAAGCUUGGAUUGCAUUUUUGUGAAAUGUGAGUGCAAAUGAAGCAGUCAACCAUAGCUGAGUCCUCUUACCUCACCACUUCCUUAGAGGAUGCAAGUUUGAAAAUGAAAUUGAAAAGGUCAAUGCAAAAACUUAUGAUACAUUGCAAACUGAGAAUGUUGCGUAAACAACUGUUUUUCUCAGUAAGCGCGUGUUUGGUAGUUGCAUUAGCUCUAUUAGUUUUCUCUAGAAACUCGUUUAAUCGUAUAAAUACCGACACAUUUUAUCACCAAGAUUUUAAAUCUACUAUUCCUUACCAUGACUUUAAAGCUGCUUUUCAUCACCAUGAUUUUAAAGCCAUUGACAUGUCUUUGGUUGUACUUGUUGUGGGUCACCGUAAUGCAUUUGACCGUCGUAAGAAAAUACGAAACACUUGGGCAUCUGGACAUAAACAUGUAUAUUUCGUGGUUAGUGAGCUAUACUGUCCCUAUCCGCCUGAAAAUCGUAUAUUUGGCACCUGCAAACCAAAUAAUAUAUCUGCAACGAAGGAACGUGUUCAUAAUUACGUACAAAAUGAAGAAGAAGUUACAAAAAGGAUUCGUAACGAAUCAAACGUUGUUUUAUUACCUACUGUAGACGUCGCUAAAGAAUUGCCAAACGUGAUUAAAGAAAGCUACAAAUGGGCCCUAAAAAAUCAUGCUACAAAAUGGAUCUUACAUGUAGAAGAUUCAUUUAAUGUGUACUUGGACUCAUUUAAUGUUGCAAGUAAUUUUGAUCAAAAAGAGAAUACUGUUUUAAUAUUGCUGAGACAAUGCACAUCUUCAGUAGACACGGGUAAACACAGAAAUAGAUCACGCCAUAUGACACCAUUUCAAUGUGCUUUGAACCAUUUUAUUCCGAGACAAGUUGCUGAAUAUCUAGUUAAUGGACUGAAUGAAAUAUUUGAAUAUACAUUUAAAGACAAACAAAGCUACAGUACCGUACAAGUGCUUGAUUCCAAACACAUAAAGUCAGCUCAUCGAGAAGACAUUGCUUUGACGACAGUUAAUGGAGAGGUUUAUAACUCAGCAGCAAUAGUGCUAGAUUUAUGUAUCAAACAUGAAAUGAAUAAGUGUGUAGACAACACUACGUAUACACUAUCUGAAAACCCUUCUAAUUUCCUUAAUGCGGGUAGGUUCGACUUGAUCGUCAAGAUGGUUUAUGCAUAUUUUUACGUUUUUGAAAAACGAGUGCCAGAUAUAAUAAAAGAUGCAUAUUUGAAACAUCUACAAAUAAUGAAUAGCUUUGAAGAAAGCUGUGAAAUGAAGGACAUUGGGUUUAAUUCAAAAGUUACGUGUAAAGAGAAGAAAAGCAGCUCUGAUUCAAUUUCAUCAUUUCACAAAACAAUUGAAUCUGUGAGAAAGUUUGGAUUUAAUCCUAAUAUUUCAAAGAUUCCAGUGGAUAAGAAUGGGUUUAUCAGUAAUGGUGCACAUAGACUAGCUUCUACAGUCGUUUUAUCACGGAAAGCAAGUUUUGAACAACACACGUACAAGCACAUUUCUGGAUUCGGAUAUAGAUACUUUCAAAGUUUAGGAAUGUCACAAAACGUUUUUGAUCUUGUUAUGUUGGAAUGGAUGAGAAUUCAGUUGAAAUUACCCGACUUAAAUACACCGAUUUUUAUUGUUUCAGUAUUUUCGAACGAUGAUAGUAAAGAUGAGAAAAUGCGAACGAUUGUUAAGGAACGAUGUUCAAAAGAUAAUGAUAUUGCAUAUGAGAAAUCUGUAACAGUUACAAGAGAAGGAGCCCGGCAAUUAAUUUCUCAUAUGUAUGGACAACAGUCAUGGCUUGAAGCAAAAAUUCAACACAUGCUUUCAAGAUUCACCCACUCAACAUUUAAUGUUUUGUUUAUAUUCGUUUACACAAAAAGAAGCACUGAUUUAGUUAAAUGUAAACUUGAAAUAAGAAAGCUUUACAAUGAUAAAAUAUUUAAAUCUACAGCUCAUAUACCUGAUACAACAGAAGAAAAUCUAGUUCUAGCAGAAAUGAUACUUAAUCCGAAUUCCAUUCAAUUUCUCAAUUAUGCCAACAAUGCGCCUGACUGUAAACUUAUAGCAAAAGAAAUUGCCACUCGUUUGUCUUUUGCAGCAAUAAAAACACUUCCGGGUAUAUACAUAGGUAGGACUGAUAUCAUGGUUGACUCGGGAACAGUACUUGGCUAUUUUGGGCUGCGUAGACGUACAGACGUAGACCUUUUGUUUUUAAACGACAUUGAUAAAUCUAUUCUUGGAAAUCAUCAUGGAAUGAAUAUACAAGCUCAUGCUUUUAAAUUUAAUUCCAUUUCAAAGGAGCGAGCAUGGGGUGAGGACCAUUUCAGUGCUACAGGGACGAGGAAUCAGUGGGACUUAUUUUAUGACCCACAAAAUUAUGGCUACUGCUACGGUAUUAAAUUUGUUUCACUGAAGCAAUUAGUAAGAUACAAAGUGCAGCGUAAUGAACCGAGCAAAGACUCACGUGACGUCGGCCUUAUAAACAGGCUUUUGGAUACGAUCCAAAGUAAAUGACGCAAUCCGUCCAGAAACCUAUCCCAGUUAUUAAUAUCUGUGUUUUGUAUUUAUCUUGUGUUUGUUAGGUUAUGAAUUACAAGGCUGUUCAUAUCAUGUAUUUACAACCUUGUCUUGUUAUUUCUCCACUUAGACUAAUAUACAUUUACUUAGAUUUUAUAUUAAGUGUUCACAGCGCAUUCUACAUAGAAAAUAAAUGAAGUUUUAAAUGAUUGAA